AUGAGUGGACAAGCUGCCAGCUACUAUAACGAGGGUGUUCCUCAGGGCCAGCCUCAACCAAACUACGGUCAUGACCAGCAACAUCAGAACUUUCAACAGCCAAAUCCUCCACCGGCACCGUACCCGCAGCCAAGCUAUCAGCAGCCAAGCUAUCAGCAGCCUGCAUCUGAGGCCAAACCACCGCCGCAAUACCACCAAAAUGUCCCAGAGUCCGGAUUCAGCUUUGACCAGGCGUUCAAGAUCGAGAAGCCUGAGUGGAAUGAUCGGUGGGCAGGUCUCUUGUUGAUUGCUGUCUUCCUCGGGUAUGUCGCGGUAUCUGGACUUACCAUCCACAAGUAUGCCACCAACAAAGCCUUCAAUGGAGGAGGAAUCUACGACUCGGCCAAUGAUUUCUCGCUAAAUACCAACACUCUCGUUCUAUUUGUCUUUGUCCUCGUCGUCGCCCUAGUCUUCUCUUUCCUCUAUUUCAUGGGCGCAAGAUACUUCACCAAGACCUUCAUCUGGGCGACCGGCAUUCUCAACAUCGUUUUCGCCCUCGCAACGGGAAUUUACUACAUCGCGCGCAAGCAAUAUGGAGGUGGAAUUGUAUUCCUCGUCUUCGGUGUCUUCGCAAUCGUCUGUUUCAUCAGCUGGAUUCCGCGUAUCCCCUUCACUGCUUUCAUGCUACAGACUGCCAUGGAUGUAGCCCGCGGCUACGGACAUAUCUUCCUAGUCAGCGCGAUCGGUGGAAUCGUCUCAGCCGCUUUCGCCGCCUGGUUCUCCGUCACGACGGUCUCAAUCUACGUAGCCUACGAACCCGAUUCCACUGGCACCAACCCAUCCUGCGCGAACGGCGGCUGCAGCAGAGCCAAGGUCAUCGGCCUUGUCGUCUACGUCACCUUCGCCAUGUACUGGGUCAGUGAGUGGAUCAAGAACACCGUGCAUACCACUAUUGCGGGUGUCUACGGCUCGUGGUACUUCUUCAGCAAGUCCGCCGGCGGCAUGCCCAAGGGCUCGACCCGUGGUGCCUUCCGUCGCGCGACAACAUAUUCCUUUGGCAGUAUCAGUUUCGGCAGUCUGAUCAUCGCAAUCAUCAACAUGUUGCGACAGGCCUGCUCGAUCGCGCAACGACAAGAGGCUGGGCAGGGUAACUUGGUUGGCAGUAUCUUCAUUUGGAUCUUGGGAUGUUUCAUCUCACUGCUGGACUGGCUCAUUACUUUCUUCAACCGCUAUGCGUUCUGUCACAUCGCCUUGUACGGAAAGGCUUACAUCCCAGCUGCUAAGGAUACCUGGUCCAUGAUGCGCGACCGAGGAAUUGAUGCUCUCGUGCAAGACUGUCUGAUGGGUCCGGUUUUGACUAUGGGCUCGACUUUUGUGGCCUAUGUCUGUGCACUGUUGGCCUAUCUCUAUCUGCAGUUCACAAACCCCGCGUACAACCGGGAUGGUGACUUCACUGCGGUCAUCAUGGCCUUCUCUUUCUUGAUUGGUCUGCAGAUCUGCCAGAUUUUUAUGACGCCUAUUGGCAGUGGUGUAGAGACUAUCUUUGUGGCUAUGGGUUGGGAUCCACAGGUCAUGAUCAAUGACCACCCGGACAUCUACUACAAGCUGGUGCAUCUUUACCCUAAGAUUCAACAGGCAGUCCACACCUGA